AUGUCCUUUGAUAAAGUGCAUCAGGAAACGCACGGACGUCUGUCGAAGGCCGUGGACGAUGUGUGUGAAGAGUUUGUGCUUUCACCGGAAAAAAUGCACGAGCUGACGAACUUCUUUAUCGAAAGCAUGGAAAAGGGCCUGGGACAGGCCAAGGAAGACGCAGACUACCGUGGACUGCCAAUGAUCCCUACGUACGUGACAGGGCUUCCCAACGGUACAGAAAGCGGGAUGUUGCUAGCCGCAGAUCUGGGUGGCACGAAUUUUAGGGUUUGUUCGGUGGAACUAAAGGGGAACCACAAGUUUUCGUUGUUGCAGAUGAAAAGUAAAAUUCCAGAAGAAUUGCUGGAAGACGAAACUGUGACGAGCGAUGCACUGUUCACCUACUUGGCCCGCAGAACGCUCGCGUUUCUCAACAAAUACCACCCAGAGUACUUGCAAAACGGCGAAAAGCUCAAAAUGGGGUUCACGUUCUCGUACCCAGUGAACCAGACGUCGUUGUCGUCCGGUACCUUGAUCCGUUGGACCAAAGGGUUCAAGAUCAAGGACACUUUGGGCAAAGAUGUGGUGAAAUUGUACCAAAAACAUCUAGACGACCAAGGCAUGUCCAUGAUCCGUGUCGUGGCCUUGGCCAAUGACACCGUAGGCACGUUUUUGUCGCACUGUUAUUGCUCCGAAAAUAACGGGUCUCUCACGUCCGGUGAAAUCGUCGAACCCGUCAUGGGUUGCAUUUUCGGUACGGGUACCAACGGUGCCUAUCUGGAAAAGAUCGAAAACGUGAAGAAAUUACCGGACGAGCAACGCGCAGAGCUUUUGCAGUCUGGAAAAACGCACAUGGUUAUCAACACGGAAUGGGGGUCUUUUGACAACGACCUCAAGCAUUUGCCAACCACGCGCUACGAUAUCGAUAUCGACCAAAAAUUCUCGAGCAACCCGGGCUUCCAUUUAUUCGAAAAGCGGGUUUCUGGUAUGUUUUUGGGGGAAAUUCUCAGAAACGUGCUUCUAGAUUUGUUCAGAAGGGGACUCAUUUUCGGCCAGUACACUUCUGAAGACCAUCUACCGCACAGAUUGACGACUGCGUUCGAAUUGUCAUCUGAAGUGCUGUCGCACAUUGAAAUUGACGACUCUUCGCAACUGCGGGAAACUGAGCUGUCGAUUUUGCAAAGCUUGCGGUUGCCCACGACCUACGACGAGCGUAUUGAAAUUCAGAAGCUUGUGCGUGCCAUUUCCCGUCGCUCUGCAUACCUUGCAGCCGUUCCAAUCGCCGCCAUCUUGACCAAGACGGGUGUUCUGAACAAGCGUUACCACGGAGAGGUGGAAAUUGGGUGUGACGGGUCCGUCGUGGAGUACUACCCUGGUUUCCGCUCUAUGAUCCGCCAUGCCUUAGCUUUAAGUCCAAUUGGACCCGAAGGAGAGCGUAAGACUCACUUGUGCAUCGCUAAGGACGGUUCUGGAGUUGGUGCUGCCCUUUGUGCUCUAGUGGCUUGA